AACCCUUCCAAAUAAGAUAGAAAAAAACAAUCCUUUCCUCAUAUCAUUAUUUUCCAAGAUUCUGAAAAAAUGAUUAAUUCAGGUGCCAAUUCGUGUUUCCCUCCUCUACAGAUGUAUCCAGUGGCGGAAGAUCAUGCUGUUUCUUCUUCCCUGGAUGGAAGCUCCGGUGGGGCAGUAGUGGAGACGCAGACAUCAGCUUCUCUCCUCUACAACCUCUCCGUCAUGAAAGAAAAAGUCCACCAAGUUCAUUCUCUGGUGAACAUCCUCAUAUCUCCAGAUCAUCAAGCCCAGCAGCCUGAGUCAGCGUCUAUGGCCAUAGCCAGCAUGAGUUCGUUCGUUCAGGAACUCAUCAUGGCUGCAUCAUCCAUCCUGCUCACCUGCCAACAGAUUUCAACUCCUGCAGCAGGUAAUAAUAGCAAUAGCACCACCAAUGAAUUGCACCAGGCACAGCAUGUUAGGGUUCCUAACCAUGAUAAUUCCGGCUUGUCUAAUUCUCAACACUUCGGCGAUGUUGGAAAUAUUGUUCAUCAGGAGAGAUCAUCUCAUCAGACCGGGUUGUAUACUACUGAUCAUCAUCCACAAACUGUAAAUUGGUAUGCGGAAAAUUGCAACACCGGCCGGAACCGGAUUCAGGUUAGCCAUAAUAAGGUACAAAAGAAAGAAAAUGGAGGGGGUUCGUCUGUUAAUUCGAUCAAGAAUUUCGACAUAAUAGAAUUGGAUGCUGCUGACUUGUUGGCUAAGUACACACAUUACUGCCAAGUUUGUGGGAAAGGGUUCAAGCGAGACGCGAAUUUGAGAAUGCACAUGAGAGCUCACGGUGAUGAAUAUAAAACAAGUGCGGCUCUCACCAAUCCCAUGAAGAACAGCGGUGGCGCCGGAGGAUUGGAUAAAUUGGAGGCCUCGUUGAAAUUACCGAAGAAAUAUUCGUGUCCUCAAGAAGGGUGUAGGUGGAAUCAGAAGCAUGCCAAGUUCCAGCCUUUGAAGUCCAUGAUUUGUGUGAAGAAUCAUUACAAGAGGAGCCAUUGCCCGAAGAUGUACGUAUGCAAGAGGUGUAACAGGAAGCAAUUCUCGGUGCUGUCGGACCUCAGGACUCAUGAGAAGCACUGUGGUGACCUGAAAUGGCAGUGUUCUUGUGGUACUACUUUUUCCAGAAAGGAUAAGCUGAUGGGUCAUGUUGCUUUGUUUGUUGGGCAUACUCCCGUGAUUACUUCGACCAAAAUUGCUGCAGGGAGAUUAGAUCAACAAGCAACCUCAUACAGUUAGAUGAUAGGUAAACUUAAUUAGAAUACACACGCACCAACAAUUUUCUCAAUAAUUUGAUGUACUUAUAUGCAUGCAAUGUAGUGAUCUUAAUUACUUAAUCUGCAAUGAUACCAAUUACCAACUGUUUCAAUUAAUAAUUAAGGUCUCU